CCAAGUUAGAAAAAAGCUUUUACGAGGUAUCAGCACUUUUCUUUCAUUGGGGGGAAGGCGUGAGGAAAGUACCAAACAGCAGCAGACUUUUAAACUUUAAAUAGCCAGGUCUGAGUGCCUGAACUUGCCUUUUCAUUUUACUUCAUCCUCCACGGAAUUCAAUCACUUGGAGUGCCUACUUCACUUCUUUAAGCGAAAGAGAGGUAUCCAGGCAUCAUGGGUGACUGGAGUGCCUUAGGCAAACUCCUUGACAAGGUCCAAGCCUACUCCACUGCUGGAGGGAAGGUGUGGCUGUCUGUUCUCUUCAUUUUUCGAAUCCUGCUACUGGGGACAGCAGUUGAAUCAGCUUGGGGUGAUGAGCAGUCUGCCUUUCGUUGCAAUACCCAACAACCUGGUUGUGAAAAUGUCUGCUACGACAAGUCUUUCCCAAUCUCUCAUGUGCGCUUCUGGGUCCUGCAGAUCAUAUUUGUGUCUGUACCCACACUCUUGUACCUGGCUCAUGUGUUCUAUGUGAUGAGAAAAGAAGAGAAACUGAACAAGAAGGAGGAGGAGCUCAAAGUUGCCCAAACUGAUGGGGUAAACGUGGAGAUGCACUUGAAGCAGAUUGAAAUAAAGAAGUUCAAGUAUGGCAUCGAGGAGCAUGGUAAAGUGAAGAUGCGAGGAGGGCUGCUGAGAACCUACAUCAUCAGUAUCCUCUUCAAGUCUGUCUUCGAGGUGGCCUUCUUGCUGAUCCAGUGGUACAUCUAUGGAUUCAGCUUGAGUGCUGUCUACACUUGCAAAAGAGAUCCCUGCCCACAUCAAGUGGACUGCUUCCUCUCUCGCCCCACUGAGAAAACCAUCUUCAUCAUCUUCAUGCUGGUGGUGUCCUUGGUGUCUCUUGCCUUGAAUAUCAUUGAACUCUUCUAUGUCUUCUUCAAGGGCGUUAAGGAUCGUGUGAAGGGAAGGAGUGAUCCUUACCACGCUACCACUGGCCCACUGAGCCCCUCAAAAGACUGUGGAUCUCCAAAAUAUGCUUAUUUCAAUGGCUGCUCUUCACCAACAGCUCCCCUGUCACCUAUGUCUCCUCCUGGGUACAAGCUGGUUACUGGCGACAGAAACAAUUCUUCAUGCCGUAAUUAUAACAAGCAAGCAAGUGAGCAAAACUGGGCUAAUUACAGCGCAGAACAAAACCGAAUGGGGCAGGCAGGAAGCACCAUCUCUAACUCCCACGCCCAGCCUUUCGAUUUCCCGGAUGACAACCAGAAUUCUAAAAAAAUCGCUGCUGGACAUGAACUACAGCCACUAGCCAUCGUGGACCAGCGACCUUCAAGCAGAGCCAGCAGCCGUGCCAGCAGCCGACCUCGGCCUGAUGACCUGGAGAUCUAGAUCAGGCUUGAGCAUCAAAAUUCCACUAACUGUGGAGAAGAAAAAAGGUGCUGUAGAAAGGGCACCCUAGGUGUUAAUUUUGUUCCAGUUGGAGGUGGUACUCAACAGCCUUAGUCAUGAGGCUUAGAAAACAACAAAGACUUUAGAAUAUGUAGGUUCAUCAGGGGGUGUCUGGGAUAGGUGGGUGGAGAGGGAGGGGAUAAGGGAGGUACAUGUGGAUAUUUAACGUAGUGAAUUCAAAGAACUUAAUUUCUAAAGCAGAGUUGCAUUAGGUGAUACAUAGGUAAGGGCUUUUUCUCCCCAACGUACACCCCUAAGAAUGGUUCUGUGUAUGUGAAAGAGUGGGUGAUCAUUGUGGCUAAAUACUUUUAAAAUUUUUGUUGUACCAAGAAACUGAAAUAGCUUUGGCCAGGAAUAAAUACUUCCUGAACAUUUUAUUUCUUUGCAACAAGAAAAAGACAGAAGAUUGUUCUUAUGUCCCUGCUAAAACAUUCCAUUGUUAAAUUUUGCACUUUGAAGGUAAACUUUCAAUCCUCCAGGUGUCAAAGGACUUGUGCUACUACUUUUUUUUUUUUUUUUAAUUCUUGGUAACAACUGAAAGUUCAGACAAGGCCCACAGAAAAAGGUGUCCCAUGCAUUUGCCAUCCAUACAGGAGUAUUUUUUUUGCAUCCACUUUCAUCAUAUCAUUGCCAUCACUUUUCUUCAUUCCUCAACUACUAUUCACAUUCAUUUAAUGGUUUCUGUAAACAUUUUUAAAACAGUUGGGAUGUCACUUAGCAUUUUCUUUGAUUUAGUGUCAGGGAAGCAAGCCAUGCUCAAUAUUUAACAAUCACUUGUAUGUGUAUGUGUGUUGAAGAGUGUGUUUAAUUUCUCAUGUAUUGGUACAAGCAGAUUCAGUAUAAACUCACAAACACAGAUUUGAAAAUAAUGCACACACAGUGUUCAAAUUUGAACCUUUCUCAUGGAUUUUGUGGUGUGGGCCAAUAUGGUGUUUACAUUAUAUAAUUCCUGCUGUGCAAAUAAAGCACAUUAUUUUUUUCCUAAAAUGUUUUUCCCCAUGUAUUCUAUUAUGGAUACUGGUUUUGUUAAUUAUGAUUUUUUUCUUUCUUUCUUUCUUUUUUUUUUUUUAGAAUGCAGCAGUAAUGCUAUUACUGAAAUGAAUGAUUUUCUUUUUCUGAAAUAUAAUCAUUGAUGCUUGAAUGAUAGAAUUUUAGUACUGUAAACAGGCUUUAGUCAUUAAUGUGAGAGAAUUAGAAGAAAUGCUUAGAGUGGACUAUUAAGUGUGCCUAAAUGAAUUUUGCAGUAACUGGUAUUCUUGAUUUUUGUCCUACUUAAUACACAUUAAUUCAGAACUUGUAUUCUCUUAUGAGGUUGACAGUCUUUUGGAGUGACCAGCAACUUUGAUGUUUGCACUAAGAUUUUAUUUGGAAUGCAAGAGAGGUUGAAAGAGGUUCAGUAGUGCACAUGAAACUAAUUUAUUUGAACUAUAUGCUGAAGACAUCUACCAGUUUCUUCAAAUGCCUUUUUAAACUCAUCACAGAUGAUUGGUGAAAAUGCUGAAUAUCAUCAUACUAUUCUUCUUGCACAUCAGCUACACAAACAGUUUUGUACAAUGAAAAUACUAAUGUGUUUGACAUUCCAUGUUAAACUACUGUCAUGUUCAGCUUCAUUGCAUUUAAUGUAGACCUGGUCCAUCAGAUCUUGUGUUCUGGAGAGUGUUCUUUAUUCAAUAAAGUUUUAAUUUAGUAUAAA